CCGCAUUAAAAAUCGCCCACUAAUUUAGCCCCAAUCACCAGAUCGAACAAACUCGCAAUUUUUUAAGCGUUAUGUGUCUGUCUGUCCAUUUGCGAGAUAUUUUUAUAUAAAAAAAACACUUUCUGCCCUUGCUUAAAUUAAAACCAAUCGAUGGCUUUAAUUUCGUCGAUGUAGUAUUUUCAUUUCUCCUCGUCUCCUUCCUCCCCUCGUCGCUUCUGUGUCCUUGAAUUCCUCGCCGGAACACGGCCGGCGGGCGAGCGCGAAGGUCGCCGGAGAACCGUACCGGCCGCUCGCCUUUUCAUGAGUUGUUCGUGCUGAGUUCCGGGCUGUGGGUGUGAACAAUUCCGAGUUCCUGCGUCUCGUGAUCGCGCCCGUGUCUGUGAACAGGCAGAGCUGCAGCCUCUGAUGGUCACGGCCCGAACAGGGACGUGGCGGUAGCGUUAUAGUCUGGAGCCCACGAUGGAGAUCACGGAGGCCUCGCCGGCCCCGGCCCCGGCCCCGGCGCCGAUGCCGGAGACAACGCCGGUGCCGGCGAGCUCUCAGCCUGCGCCAGCGGCUCCGGCGGCUGCGCUUUCCUUGGCGACGGUAGCGGCGGGGAGGGGAGACGGGAAGAGGAAGCGGGGGAGGCCGCGGAAGUACGGGCCGGACGGGACCCCGCUGCUGCGGCCGCUGAACGCGACGCCGAUCUCAGCGUCGGCGCCGGACGACGCGGGAGCGGGCCGGUACACGCCCGCGGCGGCCGUCGGCGCCGUCAUGAAGCGGGGCAGGGGCCGCCCGGUCGGGUUCGUCAGCCGCGCCACGCCGAUAUCGAUGGCGGUGACGGCCGCCGCGCCCACCCCGGCGGUGGUCGUGUCCGCGCCGACGCCCGCGCUGCACUCGCCGCUCGGGCCACUCGGUGAACUGGUAGCUUGUGCUUCUGGUGCCAACUUUACACCACAUAUUAUUAAUGUUGCUGCUGGUGAGGAUGUCAGCAUGAAGGUCAUAUCUUUCUCCCAACAAGGUCCAAGGGCUAUUUGCAUUCUAUCUGCCAAUGGAGUUAUCGCAAAUGUUACACUGCGUCAACAAGACUCAUUAGGUGGUACAGUUACUUAUGAGGGUCGGUUCGAGCUGCUCUCCCUGUCCGGAUCUUUCACUCCCACUGAUAGCGGCGGCGGCACCAGAAGCCGCUCAGGUGGGAUGAGCGUGUCCUUAGCAGCCGCCGACGGCCGCGUCAUCGGAGGCGGAGUCGCCGGCCUCCUCGUGGCCGCCAGCCCUGUCCAGGUCGUGGUGGGAAGCUUCCUCCCGAGCUACCAGCUGGACCAGGGCGCCAACAAGAAGCCGGUGAUAGAGAUCACGACAGUGCCGCCGGCGCCCGUCGGGUUCACCAUCUCAAGCGGGGACAUGGACGACGCGUACAGCGGCAGCCAGCAUCCAAGGUCGGCGGCGGCGAAAGGGGGCUCGACCACCACGGCACUGUUCAAGGUGGAGAACUGGACGGCGCCCGCGCCCGCGCCCGAUCAGGCGAGGAAGGCGCCGGCGCCGGAGGCCAAAGUCCCCGUCCCCGGAGGCUGAAGCCGACAUCCUCUACCUAGCUAGCCGGCCGACCGUCGAUCGAUCAGGCCCUGCAGCUUGUUGGGAAUCCAGUAAUUCGUGAUCCUUGUAACCGACGCCGUCUUAGUACAGAAGUGGAUCAGUAUGAAUCACCCGCUGUUCAUCAUUAAUUAGGUGUCGACAUUUUCCCGGUUUAUAUAUGUGUGGAGUUUCAUUAUCCAUUGUUUAAAUAACGGUGUAUGUAUACUGGUUAGCAGUAAUACAGUCGUCGUAGCACAGUGCCAAUUUUUUGUGUGUUCAUCUGAAACAUCAAACAAGUAAUAUACACAGCAUGUAGUGUAGUGCCUUUUCUGUCCA